GACUGCCCACCUGGGGCUCUGCUUGCCCGGCCUGACCCAUUUCCCCUUCUCUGUGCCCCAGACACUGGGCUUGGGACUCUCUGGGUCUCACCCGUCCAGCACUUUGCCUAACAGAUUGCUUUUCCUUGCUGAGCCCACACCUGUGGUUACCUGGCCCUGCCUGCUGCCCCGCCCACCUCCCACCUGCUUGCCUUUUGCCUGCCUCUCCCCCAGCACAGGAAGCCCUCCCUCUCAGGGUGACCCAAGUUUCCAGUGGGUCUCCAGUGCCCAUGGCCCAAGACCCCACUAGCAGGCCACCCCCUCUGCCAUCCUCAGGUGCCUCCUCUGUGGGCCUGGCCUCUCAGGCUCUGAGUGGCUGGACUGCAGCCAGGAUCUUGUCCUAUUCCCUUCCCCCUAACCCAAUACCCCCAGACCUCUUGUCUUCGUGUCCAUCUCUGGGCCUGUGCGUACGGCCGCCCUGUCCCCACAAGUCCAGGGCUCUGCCCCGCCCCAGGUCUCAUGGCCAGUCCUGGGGCUGCCACCUGGCCUGUCACUUCUCUUCUUGCAACUCUUCCUGUCAUGCUAUCCCCACGAGCCACCUCCCUCCACCGAAAACCCGGCUGCAGGUCGGCCUGUCCUCGGCACCCUGGAGGCGACAGUCGGCUGAAGAACUGGAUGGAAGAGGCAGAAGAGUCACCCUGGACCGGCGCUCCUUCAGGAUGGUCACCCUGCGUCUCACGCCCGCCCUGUGCCGCUUGAUUCCCUCCUGGUCUGGGCAGAAGCCAUCAUCUCGAAUCCUACGUGGGACAGGACCUCGGACACACCAUCCCAGCACCCUCCAGCUCCAAAAUCGGCAGACUAGGAUGGAAGUGGCCUCGCUGAGGGGCCCUUCAAAGGGCCAAGGAGAAAACGCGGGCCAAGGGACCAGCCUCUCAAACAGGCUUCGAGCUCCAAUGACCUUCGCUUACCUCCCCCCUCCUUGA